CUCCGCCAUAUCCUCUUCUCUCUCUCUCUCUCCCACACUCGCUUUUGCUGGUUUCUCACUCGUAUUCUCUGAAAUAGAGCCAAAGCCGCGUGAGAGGAUAGCAGGUGGGAGGGAAUUUGAGGGGAAGUGUGUGUGUGUUUUCUAGUGUGUGUUCGUGUGUGAAAUGGGAGAAUGAUAUAGGGAAUUGAGACGGAGGCGAGGCGAAUCUUGGGGUUUGUGAGAUUCAUGAAAAACCGCAGCAGAACAGGCUGAAAUCGGGGGAUUAUCAUUUUAUAAAGUGUUGCGUUCGGUGAAUUUUGCGUUUUGUUCUGUUUUUCUUUUUUGAGGUUGUAAAAUGUCAAGGCCUCUUCAUCGAGGUGUAUCGGCUGGUGGCGGGCGGUUCUUGGGGAACAGUCAAGAUUUCUGGGAAGACUCUCAGAUGAAAGAAAGGACAGAGAAGGAAGAUUUGGAUCGCAGUCGAGCAAAUGGAGCUGAUAAUACCUUCUUAUCACUCAAAUUUCCUUUUCGGUAUCUUUUCACAGAUAAUUUAUCUUCAAAACACUUCAGUGAGAAUGGAUUCAUGUCUGAUCCCUUUAGCCCUGGGCCUCUGAGGAGUCGGCAUAAAGUGACACUCACUUUGCUAAAAUUUAGUUUAGUUGUGAUUGUGAUUCUUGCUCUUACUGGUUCCUUCUGGUGGACGCUCUCUAUAACUUCUACUACCAGAGGACAAAUAUUCCGCGGAUAUAGGCGGCUUCAAGAGCAACUGGUUUCGGACCUGUAUGAGAUAGGGGAGCUGUCUCUUGGUACUUCAAGGUUCAAAGAAUUGGAGUAUUGUUCGCAGGAGUCAGAAAACUAUGUUCCGUGCUUCAAUGUUUCGGAAAAUCUUGCGCUGGGUUUUUCAGAUGGUGAAGAGUAUGACCGUCAUUGCAUACAUGGUUUAAAACAUAAUUGCUUGGUUCUUCCACCUGUCAAUUAUAGAAUUCCCCUUCGGUGGCCUACCGGAAGGGAUGUCAUCUGGUUUGCAAAUGUUAAUAUUACAGCGCAAGAGGUGUUAUCUUCUGGAAGUUUGACCAAGAGAAUGAUGAUGUUGGAUGAAGAUCAGAUUUCUUUCCGUUCAGUAUCAUCUAAAUUUGAUGUUGAAGACUACUCACAUCAAAUUGCAGAAAUUAUUGGGCUAAGGAACGUGUCCUACUUUACACAAGCUGGAGUCCGAACCAUCUUGGAUAUAGAAUGUGGUUAUGGUAGUUUUGGUGCACAUCUAUCUUCGCACCAACUAUUGACCAUGUGUCUAGCAAACUAUGAGGCAUCAGGCAGUCAAGUUCAACUAACUCUUGAAAGAGGUCUUCCUGCAAUGAUUGGUUCAUUUUCUUCAAAGCAGUUGCCAUAUUCAUCUCUCUCUUUUGAUAUGAUACAUUGUGCAAGAUGCCAUAUCGAUUGGGAUAAAAGAGAUGGCAUAUUUCUGGUUGAAGUUGAUCGGUUGUUGCGACCUGGUGGAUACUUUGUUUGGACCGAUCCACUUAUAAAUUCUCAGCGUUCCCUUCGUGACAAAGUUAACCUCAAGAAAUGGAAUGCAGUGAGUUCAUUUACAGAAAAACUUUGCUGGGAUAUGUUGCCACAGCAAGAUGAAACUGUUGUGUGGAAGAAGACUAGUAAGAAGAAAUGCUAUUCAUCAAGGAAAACUAGCUCCCCUCCUUUGUGCAGCAAGGGCCAUGACAUUGAGUCCCCAUAUUAUAGACCACUGCAGUCGUGCAUUGGAGGAACCCAGAGCCGCCGAUGGGUUCCAAUUGAAGAAAGGAGAAAAUGGCCUUCCCUGGCUAAAUUGAACCCAGCUGAACUUGCAAUUCACGGUUUGCAUUCAGAAGAGUUUGCAGAGGAUGCUAUUAAGUGGAACUCAGCAGUCCGCAAUUAUUGGUCUCUGCUGUCACCGCUAAUAUUUUCAGAUCAUCCUAAGCGACCUGGUGAUGAGGAUCCAUCACCACCUUACAACAUGCUGAGAAAUGUGUUGGACAUGAAUGCUCAUUUUGGUGGUUUUAAUGCUGCCUUAUUAGAAACCGGGAAAUCCGUAUGGGUUAUGAAUGUGGUCCCUACAAGAGGACGUAACACUCUACCCUUAAUCCUUGACCGGGGAUUUGUUGGAGUGCUGCAUGACUGGUGCGAACCAUUUCCAACAUAUCCAAGAACAUAUGAUCUGGUUCAUGCUGAAGGACUUCUCUCUCUUGAAUUUGCUGAGCAGCCAAGAUGCCAAAUGCUAGAUUUAUUUGCCGAAAUUGAUCGUAUACUUCGUCCUGAGGGGUGGGUGAUUCUAAAGGACACUGCUCGUCUCAUUGAGUUUGCAAGAUCUCUAACGACACAGCUGAAAUGGGAUGCACGAGUUGUAGACAUUGAGAGUAAUAGCGAUGAGAAACUCCUGGUCUGCCAGAAACCUUUCUUGAAAAAACAAGCGAGCUAAUUCUGGAAGAAAAAAAGGCGAUUAUCAUAUAUGAUAGACAACACUAUUCACAUUCAUUUCUGGAUCUAUAUAUAUCAACAUAAACAUUCCACCAAAAUGGUGGUGCUAAAAGUUUUGAAGAACCGGAAAGAGAUAGCACUGGGCAGAAAAUGCACUGUGUUGCUAGAAACGAGCCGCCACACCUAUGGAGCCGCAAGGCAGACAUAGGGCCAUGUAAUUAAACACUGAGACUCAGCGAGUGAAACAGGUAUGGCGCCGUACACUGGUUUUUCUUGUGAUGUCUCAUUGUGAGAACAAUAUUACAGGAUGAAUUUAAAUGUGAAGAUCUUACAAUAAGUGACGAUACGAUUUUCUAGUGUAUAGCCAUACAUAGUUUUAGAUAUGCAUUUUUAAGUUGGGAGAAUUCUUUUCUCAGUUUCUGCAUCCAUUGGGAUUUCUGCUUUACUUUCAUUGUUUCCUUUUGCUGAACGAUUAAAUGCAGUGAUAGUUGUUUCUUCUUACAUA